GGAUGCAGUAGUGGCCACGGCUGGGGCUUCAUCGCUGCCGAUGUUGAGGAUCCGCCGCAAUGCAUCGCCAUGUGUAGGGAGAGGUUCCUGCGGGAGCUGUUGCCCAAGGAUGAGACAUUUGAGCGAGCGUGCGAGGCGCUGGGGGACAGGGGCGAGCAGCAGCAUCGGUCCUUUAGGGCCCUCUACUGCUGCGACUCUCAGCUCUGUGGCGUCGAUAACCUCGGCGAGCGUGGGAGAGACCCCAAUGUGAAUUGGUUCAUCAACGCCUGUCAGGAGAUCGGCUAUCACUCGAUAGUAGAUCCAGGUCCUCCAGACGUAGACUACGUUUGCGAUCCUGAGUCUACUCACGGAGGUGAUGUUCAUUGUCACAAGGCUCAGCCAGCAGAUAGAGCCGAGGAUGAAGCGUUCGAGAGUGUAUCCAGCACAUCUCAGGCAUCUACCUCAGAGGAUGCCACGUCGAAAAGGUCUACGGCUUCUGAGACUUCAACAUCAGCACCGGCGCAGAGCUCAAUGCCCGAUACAACAUAUUCCGCUAGUACCGAUCCCUCGUUAGUCACCACCUCGGAGCCUUCGAACAAGGAGCAAGACAAGAAGGAUGAAACCGGACUUCCCCUGGGCGUCAAGAUCACCAUAGCCAUCUUGUCUGUUGCCAUUCUAGCAGCUGUCAUUUUCCUUGUCAUAUGUCUCCUUCGGAGGAGAAAGUCUCGUCGAAACGACAUCCGCAGGCUCAUCAAGCAUCCAACAUCACCUCCCCCUGCAGACUCACCUACUCCCCUCGUCUCGCCGACUCUCUCUCACACCGACGCAGAUGGCGUGCCCCUGACACCGCCAGCGCGGCUUAGGGAGCGCAAGUUUCUCCCUCCGCUCAGCGAGCCAAGUCUAUCGCCGACCAGUAGCAGGCAUCGAGGAUUUCCUGCAUCCCCUCUCUGCUCGCCUACCAGUAGCAACUUGACGCCAAGGCAUGAGAGAACACCCAAGAUCUACAGUGCGGACCAAGUUCCUCCUGUCCCUAUGAUUGUCAUGACUGCGCCAGAAGGGGGGCAGAACGACGGCUCGACCAGUUUCAGCGGUGUCACUCCUCCAGCUUCUGUUCAAAAGAUGCCCGGUCAUGGAAAUGGCUCUCCACCACGACCUCCACGAUCUCGUGAGGGAUUGUUCAAGAUACUCGUCAGUCCAGGACCGCCGCCGACCAGGGCACUUCCAUCCACGCCUCCUAACCGACCAUCGACCCCUACCAAACCC